AUGAUAAGUGCUACUUCUUUCGUAACCGCCAUCGGCAGCCGGCCGCCGCGAUAUCGAACCCCUUCCCCUCCGCGACGCGCCGUUGAACCUAUCUCGCCGUGCUCGACCGCGGACUAUCGCACAUACCGGGCUAGUCGCGAAAUUUCAGCAUCUGCUACCUCUGAUCAUGUCCGUUCCACGCCAACUGAUAAAAGGCCGUCCCCGGCCGAUGUUCCGGCAUCGCAUCGGUCGGGUCAUGGUCGGUCCAGCUCAACCAUCGACACACUCGCAACGAUCGCGCUAGCUACGAGUCCUACAUUCACACCCCUCACACACCGCCCUCCUUCGGACAAGUCCAACACCACGUUAUCAAUGUUUCCUCCCGAAACAGAACCGGUAGAGCGCCCAGCAAAGCGACCGCGAUCGGAAAGGGACGAAUCCUCAUAUACUCAACACCGAUCAAAUGCUUUCUCGAUUGCGCGCCCUCCUGCGAUUUCUGAUAGUAUGAAAACCGAUGCAGAGCUGCUUCUGAAUUUCGCGCGGCCUACGAAUCUGUACCCACCUAUACCGUCGUCGAAGCGAGCCAACACGGAUGACUCUUAUCAUAAUCAUACCUUUCACACCCAAGCCCAAAUCAAGGAGCGCAACGCAAGCACAUACUGGGUGACAAACCAUGAGAACGUGAUCUUCAACCAUUCCGCAAUGCACAAUAUUCCACCGUCACGGAUGAGGUCUCAAUCGGAUGGCUCGGCCGCUAUAUCCCGUCCCGUGAUAGAAGGCCUUCGGCCGAACACAAGCUCUUCUACGCUUCCGCCCUUAGCUUUUCAAGAAGAGGCGGAUAGUGGAGACAGACAUUGGGAUAUGGAGCGCAAGCCCGUUCUUGAAGAAUCUCAGGUUGACUUCUGCAAACCGGAUGAAACGGUGCCGAUUUUGUCUCAGAGCCAGCCCCUAAAGAAGGAACUCGACGCAGAUUCCAACGGAUCUAGUCAGGCAAGCUGUGCUACCUGCAACCUCGUUCGGAUACCGGUCGAUAAUGAGGACCAAGAUGUCACAUGGAUCAGCUGUGACGGCUGCAAACGCUGGUUCCAUAUUGUAUGUGCUGGCUUCAAAAAUGAUCGCGAGACCAGGACAGUCGAUAAAUUCAUUUGCAAAACUUGUCGGCCUAUUCACGGCCAGACCACUUUUGUCAGAAAGUCGUCUCGUGUUCGCACCUCGAUCGAUUAUGCCGGUCUCAAUCAGGGCCUGGUGAAGUCCGCAACAGACUCGUUAGAACAUCACUACAUCGAACCUAUAAAGCAAAAUAAGAUCCGCUUCCUCCCUGAGAACUUCCCCCGCAUGCGCCCGGAACUUGUCACUGCUGAGUAUUUUGAGAAAGGAAAUGGUAUGACAGAACCAAUCGUCAUCCCCGCCGAGUUCAACACCCAUGCAACGAUACCGCCCACCAACCCCGAGUUUGAUGCUCUUGUUCAAGAUGCACCGAGCCAAGAAAUGUUCGACGAGCUCUUAGACCACUUACCGAAUGUCGAUCAUGAGACCGUUAUCGACUGCGGCCAAAAUCAAUUAGAUAUGGUAAUUCCGCAGGGUUUGACGGUCAGGACAGUUUCAGAGCUUUAUGGCCCGGAAGAAAGGGUGGAGGUCAUCGAUGUUAAAUCACAGCAUGGUGAAGAUAAGCGCUGGACCAUGCAGAAGUGGGCGGACUAUUACGAGAGCACUGGCGAUAAAGUCGUCCGAAAUGUCAUCAGCCUCGAGGUAUCACAAAGUAAACUAGGCAGGCUAAUCCGCCGGCCGAAGAUUGUGCGCGAUCUCGAUCUCCAGGAUGCGGUUUGGCCUGAGGAGUUAAAGGCCGUUGGGAACUUCCCCAAAGUGCAAUUCUAUUGCUUGAUGUCAGUAGCCGACUGCUAUACCGACUUCCACAUUGAUUUUGGAGGUUCCUCUGUCUACUACCACAUCCUGAAGGGCAAGAAGACAUUCUUUUUCAUACCCCCCAAAGACAAACAUCUGAAGAAGUAUGAGGAGUGGUGCAACUCGCCUGCUCAAGACUACACCUUCCUGGGAGAUCAGACCAAAGAAUGCUACCGCGUUGAUCUUUCCGAAGGUGAUACAAUGCUCAUCCCGUCUGGCUGGAUCCAUGCCGUCUGGACCCCUGAGAACAGUCUUGUCAUUGGGGGCAACUUUUUGACCAGGCUCAAUUACGGAAUGCAGAUCAAGAUUGCGAAAAUUGAAAAGGAGACCAAAGUCCCAAUGAAAUUCAGAUACCCCUUUUUUCAGAAGAUUCAGUGGUACGCUGUGCUGAAAUAUCUCGAGGAAGAUCCAGUACCUCAAAGCGUGCUGGCUGCUUUUUCGCAAGACGAGAAUUAUCGCUUCCACCGGAAGUAUCCUAUCUACUACGAAUUUGGAGAGCGGGCCAAUACUGAGCCUAAGGGGUCGCCCUAUCACAACUCGCGCUUUUAUUCACAGGCUGAGCUCGAGGGCCUCCCGGAUCUCGCAAAGUAUCUCCUCAGGACUGCCUUGAUUGCAGGCUCUUACCUUGUGGAAGGUGUUACUGCUGAUACCAGAAAUGCUGUCAAGAGAUCUAUACCUGCGAUGCCUGGAGAACCCAUUGACGUGAUCCGGACAUUCGGUGUGUGGAUUGCGUGGAAGCGAGGCAACGAAAAGGCGGCACAUUGGACCCGCCCUGGUGUUGUUGAAAGCAAUGCUAAACUCAGUCUUGCAGAGAAAAGGCCUGCUGGAAGGCCCAGUCGCCGUUCAGAGCGUAACGCCGAUAACCAACGGACAUACGCAGAGAGACAAGCAGUGCAGCGUUUGUCGGAGCGCCCAGCCGUUGAUAUUCAGAAAGAUUCUGCUCCCGGCGAUGAGAGUGUUGCGCCCUUAGCAAAUAAUUCUCCCCCAGCAGCCACCUCCGGCAUUCCAGUACCUGUCAUGAACGAAGACACAAGUCAAAAACACAAAACCGCUUCUAGGGGCUCUGGCCUUGGUCCGAAACGUGUAGCUUGUGACGCAUGCCGCAAGCGAAGAAUUCGAUGCCAUCACAAAGAAGAGAAUAAUGGAGCGUCAGGUUCGCAAAUGACAGUCAGCACUUCUAGCCUAGGACAUCACACACCGACUGCGCAGGAUGCAGCAUCGGCGCUGAAUUCACUAGCCGCGAUUGCCUCCGGGGCUGGGUUCCAAAACGGUCUUCAUAGCAUCAAAGGCAUGGAUCGAAUGGAUGCUUCGGCUAAUUUUGCAACAAGUAUAUCGGCCACGCCGCAUGGGGUCACGUUGAAAGUUGGUGAUGGCAGCCCGGAUGGUCUGAAUUCGGCCAAGAAGGGUCGUAGCAAAGCUUGUGACGACUGCCGGAAGAGCAAGCGUCGUUGCAUUCACGACGAGUACGGCAGGAUUGAUCCUAUCAAAGCCCAAGAGCGAUCAAAGCCACGAGCGACAAGUCUGGCGAAGAGACCACGGGUCCACGAGGAAGCGGCCCCAUCAAGCGCGAAUAAACGCUUGAAGCAGGAAAGUACAUCACCAGUGGCGCAGCCCGUGCAUUCAAGCCAUAUGGACACGGAAACUCCUACUCGUGCGCAGGACUCGGUUGAGAACGGCGUGCUCGAUCAGUAUCCACGCAAAAGCAACACACAACACGCAGAUGGACUUCCCGCGGAGAAGGCAUUGCUCCCCGAUCAGAGCUCAUAUGCAUCGCCACCAGCGUUCCAGGCGGAUGCAGUGGCUACAAAGGAGUUGCCAGCAACUGUGUCGAAGCCGGCUGCCGUGCUGGUGUCACCACCAACGUCGCUAGCUGAUGAGAUGGAUAUCCAUGAUCAAGUGGACGCCGGGGGGGAGCAUGUAUCGGUAAUCUACACGCCUUCGUCAGGCUCCCGCCAGUCUUCACGCCAGCCCCGUCAAGUUGAGAGGUAUAUGCCAGAGGUUCACUUUGCCAAGACAGCCAAGUCUACAACCACAACCCCUCAAACUACGCGCCGCUCGUCUUUUGGUUCCAGUGGCCGGAAGACUACACCGGGAUUGUCCUCCGGUUCAAAGAAAUCUGGAUCUCGGCCCUCCUCAUCUCAUGGAAAGAAGAGUCUUUCCCCUUCCGUGGAGAAGAAAGCCGAACGCCAUGCCAUCUCUUCAGCGCCAUUUGGUCAGCACGGCAGGGGCUCCAAAUCGGAGCAUGGAACAAGCGACGUUGACCCCGAUGCUGAAAGCUUACGCCUGAUCCGCGAAAUACAAGAGCAGGAGUUUGGUUUACGGCGGCGAGCAGGCAGAGCAUAA